AAAAAGCCAGACGGUGGGAAUGUCGUCAUCUGUCAGGAUAGAAUCCCGUUGAUACGCGGAAAUUAACCCUAUAAAAAUCAUGUUAUGUUCCACGUGUGAAUUAUGAGCAUGCUCGGUGCCAGGUCUGAACUUGAAUCUAACACCUGUAUAUUUGAUCUCUAACGCGUGUCCAACAAAACCUCCCCUGCAUGCAAAAGAAGAGAAUCCCUUUACUGACGAAGUUUUUAAAACCAUAUCGAUGCGAGAGUAGUCUCAAUCGCACUUGCUUCUGUCUGUUCGCCGCUCAAACCCCUCCUCGUACGGCUACACCUGCAGGUCAGUGCUUAUCCAUCAACCAAAGAAUAGUAGUGUUCCGAUUAUAUAAUUACGUAUAUAUAGUUGUUCCCAUUGCCAUCUCUUGUUAAUUCGUCGGUAGUAUAAUGGAAGAACCAGACACGGAGAUGGAGUGGGAUGAGACGAUGAAACGAUCAGAAGAAAAUAAUAGGUGUGGACAUGUUAGCUGGGUAUUGAGCAAAGGAUUGUCGGUGGGAAAGAUGAUUUUGGUCACAGGUUUUGUGAUAUCUUCAGCACCUGUGAUUCUUCUUCCAUUUGUUGUUGUCUCAGCAAUUGGAUUUGCUUGUUCUGUCCCGUACGGGCUUUUCUUGGCAACCUAUGCUCUCACCGAGCAGCUGAUGUCUAAACUUCUUCCAGCAUCUUCUCACCUUUCCCUGGAAUAUUAUGGAACAAAUAAAAAUAUCAUUAUCGAUGAUUAUACAGAAGACGACGCGUGCGCUGAUCAGUUUGGAGGAGAUAUUAUUGAUAUGGGAAAGGAAGGAGAGCCAAAAUUAUCACUGGAAGUGAUCAACAGUACCAGGGAUGAGAUGAUUUUUGACAAAGAAAACGACUGUGAAGUGCCCCAAAGAUUUUGGAAGGAUGAGAAACAUCCAAUGGAUGAUAAAAAUAACGCAACUCUUAUGGAUGAAAAUGGAUAUGAGGAAGAUGUUGAAGAUCAAGAUCAUAAACCUCCAUCAAAAGUCCAACAAGCCGAGGAAGAAAAACCAGUCAUAGAACAAGGCGGGGAAGCAAUAGUUGGGGCGUCCCAAGUCAUGAUCGUAAUUAAUGAAGGAGAUGAGGGAAGUGGCAGUAAUCUUCUAAAAACAGAGGAAGCGCCAUAUGAAUUAGCGAGGAGUUUGGCUGUAAAGUUAUCUCAGAAUCAUGAUAAGGAAGAAGAUAGGGAACGGGUGAUAGAGAUGGUAUCCGAUGUCCUCAUGGAGAAGCAACCAAUUCAAGAUGUCAGAGGGUUGUUAGAGAAGGAUGAUUUUGGUGACAGUACCAAGGGAGGAGCGCAAGGGAAUGUUGCCUAUGUUGAACAAAACCUUCAACUGACUAGAGAGGAGGAACUAGUUGUGACGACUCCGAACGAGGAUGCAAGAGAAAUUGCCGAUGAAAGUGGUUUGGACUUGUUUGAUGAUAAACAAGCAGCUGGUCCUCAGUGUUCUUACGCAGAUUACCGAAUUCCUGAAGGGACUGAGCAAUCAAGUUACAAAGCUUAUGAAGUUACUCUUCCAACAACGGUGGAUGACUCCAAAUGUACUGGAAUUACCUCUGAAAAUGACAUCCAUUUGGCUGCUAGUAAUGUUAAGGUGUCGUACAGUGAGGACAAGAUAUGGAAACAAAUUCGUGCAGUACGCACAAUAGUGGGGUACAAAGCUUCUGUGCGAGGAACGUGUAUUGAGGAGCUCAAGGCACUGUAUGUAUUCACCGGAGUGGAACCACCCUCCUCAUUCAGGGAUCCGUCCGAUCUGGCGGAGGUCAAUGACAAGCUUAAAUUUCUUAUGACUAUUGUUGGAGUGAAGUAGAACUGCAGUUAGUUUAUCCUAUGUUUCUGUCCUAACACUGUCUCUGAUUAUGUUCGUGCGAUGUUAUGGAUAGUUGCUUCCCUGAAGAGAAGCUGCAGAUUUUG